AUGCGUGGUGCAACGAUAUUGAAGUCCUCGGAUGAUAAGACAAGACAACUGAACAAACACACUCUUCUUGCCUUUUCCGGUGAAGCAGGCGACACGAUCCAAUUUACCGAAUUCAUUCAAGCAAAUAUCGCCCUGUACACCAUGAGAAAUGAGACAGACCUGGGCCCAAGCGCAGUCGCAAGCUUCAUCCGUAGCGAGCUGGCCAGGAGUCUACGAAGCAGGAAGCCAUACAACGUCAAUUUACUGCUGGGUGGCAUGGAUCCCAUCACCAAGCAGCCGAGCCUUUACUGGUUAGACUACCUUGCCAGCAGCGCAAAGCUUCCGUAUGCUGCUCAUGGCUAUGCUCAAUAUUACUGCCUUUCGAUCCUCGACAAACAUCAUCAUCCCGACAUUUCAUUUGAGCAGGGCAUGAAAAUCCUCCGCAUGUGCACCGACGAGCUCCAGCGCAGACUACCCAUCGACUUCAAGGGAAUGACGGUCAAAGUGAUAAAGAAGGACGGCAUUGUGGACAUGGAAUACGAUACCAGCAAACAAGUUCUGGCGGCCUAG